CUUCAGGAAAUCUUGUGCCCCUCAGCUUUUGGCGCGGAUAGUCAGCCUUCCCAUACCUAUCUCUCAUCAAACUCCCUUUCCGCGAUAUCACCUUGCAAACGCCAUCGAAGCUGUGUCUAUUCUCCGGUAAGGCAUCGCCGGACAUACUUUUGCUCAGAGGAUUAAGGCAUGCCAAGUCAAGUACGGGUCAUUGAUGAGUAACACCAAGCCUUCCAUGUGCUGUGCUUGCUUUUCCAGGCUCAGAGACCAGAUAAGGCAUCCUGGCCUGGACCUUAUGGAGGGACAAGCCUUUACGGCUACGAUCAAAACGGGACCAAAGAGUCUUCACGGCCAAGUAGUCAUUGUUGAAUGAGGAUUGAAUUUUCAUUCUAUCAUGAUAUGGAUCACUAACCCCGACCGCCGCUAUCUCUCAUGCUACUUCCAGCAAGGUAGGAGCUUGUUCAUUCUCCCAGCGAGCCUCAUUGGCGACAGCAGCCAUGAUGCCUGAUCCGCAGGCAAUUCACCGCUCGCUCGUAGUUGUCACCUACGCCAUUGUUCGAGAAGUGUCGCUUGUUGCAACUCUCAACGCCAUCAUACUUUCUGGUGGUCGUGUCCUCUAGGACAGAGAUCGUUCGAUCUUCGCUCAUUCAGCUGACCCCCGGCAAAGGCUUGGGCUCUUCCGGUUUUGGGUUUGGUUUCUUCGGUCCGCGGUUUACUGGAGACAUGUUCAAGAAGAAUAUGUCGAGUUGGUUUUGAAAGAUAUUGACUGGUGAUAUCGUGGAGGCUGAUUCUCAAUUUGGACUUGCUAUGAUCGUGGUCGAGUUGGGUAUGGUAAUGGUAUGAGAAGAUUCGAUGCUGAUAUGACAAGGAAGAGAGAAACAUUUAUAUCUGAGAAGGACAUACCUUUGUUUGCGCUUCACUGGCAGUGGUAUUCGGCACUGGGCAGUCUUAUAUCACUGCCUCAGUGAUCAAGAUCCAUAGUGCCACUUUGGAUGUUCACUCAGCGAGCGAUACUAGUAACCAACACUGCCUAGGGCAAGGCAGUCACCAACAGAAGCAGGUGCGAGGCAGACAACGAGAGACGGCGACACGCUUCUCCUCGUCUGGAAGAGGAGCGCCAUCAUCACCAUCAGACAUCGUCGGAAGCUGCCCUUCUAGUUGGACUGGCAGUGGAGUGAUAUUCGGCACUCACCAAUAUGCGCAGCGAAACACCGUGGCCUCAUUCCCCCAAGACACAGUUGUCCAAAGUGACCGAUCUAAACUCGGGACAUGCAUCUACCAGCACGUUCGUUGGCCACCUACCUGGGAUUUCAUUCGACAUGACAAUGCAAACGUUCCCACUGACAUACUAGGCGAGAAAAAGCAUCAAGCUGGGCCAGGGGGUUUGAUGAGGCUGUCACGAAGACCCUCCAAUGUAAGUGACUUAUUUUCUCUCUUCGAUAUCAAACACCAAGCCCUUGCAGCCUCAAUCAAGCAUACAUUAUAGUUUCUGCGGAAAUGGGACGUGUAUGUCAAAACGAGACAACAUACUAUCCCGAAGGCAUCAUGGCUUUUGAAACGGUGUCGUCUGCAAGCUCAGGAGAUGAUUGUUUGGCUUUCAAAUAUAUCGCUUGCAGUUCUCCUGGUAAUCUGAUGGCCAUCUACCUUUAUAUGGACAUCGACAAGAGGAAGUACAGUACAGAUAGUCUCUCUCUCUUCAUGGAGCAUCGUCGCGGAUAUAAUUGGUACCUGAGAAAACUGACCGGGACAGCACGAGGUCGAGGCCAUGCGAUCUUCUGCUUAAGGCACCCUGCUUCACUUCAUCCCUUUUUCCCAGUGCUCACACACUCCUGUGGUAUGUCCGCGGGUGUGGUACUUUGUUCAUUAGUCCACAAGACGCAACAACGACAGCACGGAUGAAGGCAGAUCCCAUUGGCAGCCAGCAAGUCGAGUCGCGUUGGGAAGCUGUCCAUCGUCGCUCACUGAACUGCAAUACUUUGUAUGAACAGAGUUUUCCAGGCUCCGGGGUUCACCUCCGCGUCCAGAACUAUUCAUAACUAGAGUUUGUUGGGUCCCAGUAUCGCACAGUACUACUAGUAUCAUAA